CUCUGCCUGUCACUGCACGUACACGCUCCCGUCCUCCUCGUCCUCCUGUCGCUGCUGUGGACCCGACAUUCCAAAUUCGUUUCACGCGCUUCGGUAUAUAAAGCCCCCCUGUUCUCUCUCAUCAUGUCUGUGUCACCUGACAAACGACGAAAGAUGGAGUCAGCACUAGAACAGCUGAAAAAAUACACCGUGGUCGUUGCUGACACGGGAGACUUCAAUGCCAUCGAUGAGUACAAGCCUCAGGAUGCCACCACCAACCCGUCCCUCAUCCUGGCCGCUGCCAAAAUGCCAGCCUAUCAGCACCUCGUGGAUCAGGCCAUCAAAUACGGCAUCGCCAAGGGCGGGAGUGAGGAGGAGCAAGUUACCAACAUCAUGGAUAAGCUUUUUGUCAGCUUCGGAGUGGAGAUCCUGAAGAAGAUUCCAGGCCGAGUCUCUACUGAGGUAGAUGCCAGGUUGUCCUAUGAUAAAGAUGAGAUGGUGGCGAGAGCAAGGCGGCUCAUUGGCCUGUAUGAGGAUGCUGGUAUAAGCAAGGACCGUGUGCUGAUCAAACUCUCCUCGACCUGGGAGGGGAUUCAGGCUGGCAGGGAGUUGGAGGACAAGUACGGGAUCCACUGCAACAUGACGCUGCUCUUCUCCUUCGCCCAGGCGGUGGCUUGUGCUGAGGCCAAGGUCACCCUCAUCUCCCCCUUCGUGGGCCGCAUCCUGGACUGGUACAAGGAGAACACAGACCGCAAGAGCUAUGAGCCCAACGAGGACCCAGGUGUGGUAAGUGUCACAAAGAUCUACAACUACUACAAGAAGUAUGGCUACAGCACAGUGGUGAUGGGAGCCUCCUUCAGGAACACCGGCGAGGUGAAGGCCCUGGCCGGCUGUGACCUGCUCACCAUCUCCCCAGGGCUGCUAGGGGAGCUCAGCCAGGACCACGACACGGUGACUCCCUGCCUCACACCACAGACGGCCAAGGCUGCUGACCUGGAGAAGGUGCAUCUGAAUGAGAAGGACUUCCGCUGGCAGCACAACGAGGACCGCAUGGCUGUGGAGAAGCUUUCGGACGGAAUCCGUAAGUUUGCGGCAGAUGCCAUCAAGCUGGAGACUAUGAUUAAGGAGAAGAUCCAGAAUGUAAAGAAUGGACAGUGAACGGGCAAAGACAGGGGCAAGCACUUGCGGGACCAAUCCCCCCCCCCCACUCCCCCCCCCCCCCCCCCCCCCCCCCCCCCCCCCCCCCGACUCCCUCAGCAUACUGCCUACCAGACCUGCGGUGUCCACCUACUGGUUGGGAUUGACUCUGACAACUGAUUGGUCUCUAUCAAAGCAGGCUAUUCUGUAGCUUUAGACUUGACACCAAUAAACACGUUAGAAAUGGACACCUCCUGGCGAGCUGGUCAAAAAAAAAAAAAAAAACCUCAAAGAUGGACUGAAGGUCUAGCUCUGCUGAGCAGUGACAUUUGAAAUAGUGGACCAAUUGCUUUGAAAUUGGACUCUGAUGACUCUUUAUAAGGACUGAUGUACUACUGAUACUUACAACGGUUGAGUGGAUCUUUGACUCUUAAAUCUAUCAAAAUUAUGACCAUUCCUGUGAAAAAAAAUAUGACCAUGUUAAUAAUUUGUAGCCCUAUCAUUAAAAAUAACCUGCCCUCA